GUCUCCCAGUUGCGGUCUAACGUCCUUGAGGCUCUCAUCGGCUGCGAAUCAGAAGACUGGGCGGCGCAGGAACGCCAAUAAUCUACCAAUUAAAAUCGCCGGAGAUUUGACCGUCCACAGGACCCCGCAAAGCCUCGCAGUGUUUCUCGGAACGCGUCGCAAGCUCGAAGCAAGAUGACGACCCAUCGGGCCCUUCUCUCAAGAGGGAAAUGCUUACAACAGCGCACUCCCGAAGCGGAUCGCAGCGGAGUAUGCUGGUAGAGUGGAGGAAGUCAUAAACCUCCAAAGUAUAUAUACCAGCCUCCUAGUAGCGAGACACAAUAUCCAUCGGAACGACCGAAAGCUCCCAAAAGUGACCUAGCAGCAGCCGUUUCGAAUUCUCAAGAUGUAUCGGGCGACCCAACUGCUGACCGCAGCAACUUUGCUAGGCGCAACGACUGCAUACAAUCAGCGCAGAUACAUUGACAACUCGUCUGGUACUCCCGAAGUGAUCAUCCCAGGGGCAUCAUCGUACAACGGUCUUAACCUCGUCCCGCAGAUGGGAUGGAACACCUGGAACGCAUUCGGCUGUGAUGCGGAUGAGGAGUUAUUACUUUCUUCGGCACGGCACCUCGUCGAUUUCGGAUUGCGCGACCUAGGCUAUAAUAUCAUUUCUCUGGAUGACUGCUGGUCUAUAGGGAGAAACUCCAGCGGAUACCUGGUUGAGAGUCCUAUCAAGUUCCCCUCGGGCAUGGCAUCUGUUAUAUCCCGACUUCAUGAUAUGGGCUUCAAGUUCGGUAUAUAUUCAUCGGCGGGUACAUUCACGUGCGCAAGAUAUCCUGGAUCGCUUGGCUAUGAAACGCAAGAUGCAGAACUCUGGGCCAGCUGGGGGGUGGACUACCUCAAAUACGACAACUGCUUUAAUCAAGGACAGUCUGGAACACCGAAAAUCUCCUAUGAUAGGUACAACGUUAUGUCUCAAGCUCUGAACAAGACGAAUCGCGAGAUCAUAUACGCCAUGUGCAAUUGGGGGAACGACGAUCCGUACGACUGGGCAUACCUGAUCGCAAACUCUGGACGUAUGUCUGGUGAUAUAUAUGACAGCUUUAACCGUCCAGAUGAUCGUUGCCCAUGCACCGAGGCCCCUGGCUGCGCGUGGCCUGGUUUCCAUUGUUCCAUCAUGAAUAUCUUAAAUAAGAUGCCAUCCAUAACCAGCCGCACCAUGUCUGGCUACUUCAACGACAUGGAUGGUCUCGAAGUAGGCAAUGGGGGACAAGACGACAACGAAUACGUUACGCACUUCUCCAUGUGGGCUAUGAAUUCGUCUCCUUUGAUGAUCGGCACCAACAUCGACACUCUUUCGCCUCAAAAUCUAGCCAUACUCUCAAAUCCAGCGGUCAUAGCACUGAACCAAGACCCAUCAGCCGGAGCAGCAAUCAGGAAAUGGCGCUACUUCGUGGAUUUCGACGAUUAUGGCCAAGGAGAGAUCUCUUUGUGGACCAGAGUCCUUGAUAAUGGUGAUACGGUCAUUGCGCUUCUCAAUGCGGGUAACUCGAGCAGGACGAUGAACGCUACAAUGGACGACAUUUUCCUUGACCAGCGCACUGCGGGUGCGUACAAAGCGCCGCCUGAGCUAAGUGAGACGUGGGAUGUGUAUGACCUGUGGGCAAACCGCAUGUCGAAUGAAGAAGCUCAAGCAAUUCUUGAUGGUGGUGGCAAUGCCACAGUCAGUAAUGCAACGAGGACGGAAACAUACAAUGCUACGGCGACGAGCUAUGCUGAUGGACUGAGUAACAACGUUACAGCGUUGUAUGGUGCUCAUAUAGGCAGUAUUGCACCGAGCGGGACAUUCACCGCGGAGAUUGCGAGGCAUUCAGUUGGUGUGUAUCGCUUGAGGUCUCAAGGGAGUGGAAGCCUGAGGAAGAGAGAUGAGCUAUAGUAGCGAGAUCUUCGUGUUCCAAC